AUGACCCCUAGCGAAGAGAAGAGAUUGAGGAUCAUAGAACGAGAUGCCGAAACAGCAUACCCGUAUCUCGUCUCCGAUGAACAGUCAUCGACAUUCAGAGAUAGAGAACUACUAGACGAACUAGAAUCAGCUACACCAAAAAACGCACCGAGGCAGACAAACACCACCUCCGCCACCACCACGAAAACGUGGGUACAUUUCGUAGCUGGGGGUGUAGGCGGCACCAUGGGAGCAAUAGCUACGUGCCCACUCGACGUCGUCAAGACUCGAUUACAAUCAGAUGUGUACCACACGCUAUACAACAAGACUGUGAAAUCAGGCAACCCCGUUAAGCAAGUGUUUCAGCAUUUGGGCGAAACCGGCGGCGCACUCCGAGAAAUGUACGUUAAUGAAGGGGUGCGAUCGUUGUUUAAAGGGUUAGGUCCCAAUCUCGUCGGGGUGAUACCGGCGCGCUCGAUCAAUUUCUUCACGUAUGGCGCCACUAAAGAAUUCUUGAUACGGAAUUUCAAGCAUGGAGAUGCAAAGAAAGAGGAAACGUGGAUGCAUUUGCUCUCGGGGAUAAACGCCGGUUUCGUCACGUCAACCGCGACGAACCCCAUCUGGUUGAUCAAGACCAGAUUGCAAUUGGAUAAAUCCGGGCUGAAACUAUAUAAAAACUCAUGGGAUUGCUUGAGACAUGUAGUUAAGAACGAGGGUUUUUUCAGCUUGUAUCGUGGUUUGAGUGCGUCGUAUUUGGGUGGGAUCGAGAGUACUAUCCAAUGGGUCUUGUACGAGCAAAUGAGAAUGUUCAUCAAUAAACGGUCAUUGCAGAUCCAUGGAACUAACCCUAACAACAAGACUACAAGAGACCACGUGAUGGAAUGGUCGGCGAGAUCAGGUGCUGCGGGCUUAGCUAAAUUCAUGGCGAGCCUAAUCACGUAUCCGCAUGAAGUGGUGAGGACAAGGUUGAGACAGGCGCCAUUGGCAAGCACGGGGAAACCAAAAUAUACUGGUUUGAUCCAGUGUUUCAAGUUGGUGUUGAAGGAAGAAGGGUUUGCUAGCAUGUACGGUGGUUUGACUCCUCAUCUUUUGAGAACUGUGCCUAACUCAAUCAUCAUGUUCGGAACUUGGGAGUUGGUGGUUCGCUUGUUGUCGUAA